AUGUCCAAUAACGUCUCCCAGGCCUCGCUGCUUGGGCUGAAAGCGAUUACAGCCGAGCAUGCCGAACGCUUCGAGAAGGAAGGCCGCACGGCCACGCGCGGCGCGGCGCGUCCCAAAGCCGUCGAGAAGAUCAAAGACCCCUUCCUCCGUUCUUCGCCGGGGCUCGUGAAGCGCCUGGCCCGCGAGGCACGUAAUGAUGCAAGACGACGACACUUUGACAACGACGGGCCUAGCGACGAGCAGCGUCGCGCAAUCCUCGAAGCAAAGGCGCUCAAGUACGACGCGCUCAAGCGCGGUGACCUGUCUGGCUUCACGGAGCGCGAGCUUGCGGAGGCCAACAUUGACUUUACGGGCAAUGACGAAUGGUCAGAUCACUCGUCGGACGUGGAUGAGUCGGCGAUGGCACCGAAGCGGUGGUCAGAUGGCGAGGUUGACACGCUCGACGACAUGGACCGCGUCGAGAUCGCGAGCAAGGUUCAUCAUAUGCCGAAGUCCAAUGGGGACCAGAACUACUUCCCCGUGUACGAGCCCGACCCAGAGGAGCUCAAGAAGAAGUACAUGGAGGCCGAGGCAGCGGCGCGCGCCCACCACUACGACUCAACCAAGGAAGUGCGGGUACGCGGUGCUGGCGCGUACCAGUUCUCGCUCGACGAGGAGAAGCGCGCAGAGCAGAUGGCGUCGCUGGAUGCCGAACGGCUCGCGACGGAGCGCGCACAGGGGGAAGCCAAGCAGCGAGGGGGAUUCAGUGCGGCACGGCAAGCGUACAGUAACCGUAUCGAGGCGCGGCGUGAGCGAGUGGAGGCCAAGCGGGCCAAGCUGCUCGGAGGGCCAGAGAAGCUGGUGGACCUGCGACGGAAGCAGAGAGAGGAGGAGGCGACUAAGCUUUUGGAUGACUUUGAGACCGAGUUGAGGCGGAGUCAGAGCCCACAAACCAUCAAAAUGCGCGUCGACCGCUGCGACUUCUCCGGCUACAAGGUCUACCCCUCGCGGGGUAAGGUCUACGUCCGCGGUGACUCGAAGACUUUCCGUUUCUCUGGCUCGAAGAGCGAGUCUCUCUUCCUCCAGCGCAAGAACCCCCGCAAGAUUGCUUGGACCCAGGUCUACCGCCGCAUGCACAAGAAGGGCAUCACUGAGGAGGUUGCCAAGAAGCGCAGCAGGAAGAACGUCAAGCGUGGUGUUGUCGGCGCCGACCUCGCGUCCAUCCUCGCUAAGCGCACUGCCAAGCCCGAGGUUCGCCAGGCUGCCCGCCAGGCCGCCAUCACCAAGGCCAAGGCCGCCAAGAAGGAGAAGGAGACCAAGAAGGCUGCGCGUCCCCAGACUGCUGGCCACGCCAAGGUCUCGAAGCAGGCCGCCAAGGGCUUUGCCCAGAAGGUUGGCCGCUAA